AGCAUACAGGAUGGAGCACUGGAACUCCACCUUGGGAAGUGACUUCAUCUUGGUAGGCAUUCUGAAUGGCAGUGGGUCACCUGAAAUACUCUGUGCCACAAUCACUGCUCUGUACAUGUUGGCCCUGACCAGCAACGGACUGCUUCUCCUGGUCAUCACAAUGGAUGUCCGUCUCCAUGUGCCCAUGUACUUCCUCCUCAGGCAGCUCUCUCUAAUGGACCUCCUGUUCACAUCAGUUGUUACUCCCAAGGCUGUCAUGGACUUUCUGUGCAGAGAAAACACCAUCUCCUUUGGAGGUUGUGCCUUUCAGAUGUUCCUGGCAUUGACACUGGGUGGGGCAGAGGACCUCCUUCUGGCCUUCAUGGCCUAUGACAGGUAUGUGGCCAUUUGUCAUCCUUUGAACUAUAUGAUCUACAUGAGGCCUAGGGUGGCCUGGCUCAUGGUGGCCACAUCGUGGAUCCUGGCAUCCCUGAGUGCCCUAGGAUUUACCAUGUACACCAUGCACUAUCCUUUCUGCAAAGCCCGAAUGAUCAGGCAUCUGCUCUGUGAGAUCCCACCUCUGCUGAAGUUGGCUUGUGCAGAUACCUCUGGAUAUGAACUCAUGGUUUAUGUGAUGGGUGUGACCUUCCUGAUUCCCCCUCUUGCUGCCAUUCUGGCCUCCUACACGCUAAUUCUGCUCACUGUGUUCCACAUGCCCUCAAAUGAGGGAAGGAAGAAAGCUCUUGUCACCUGCUCAUCUCACCUAACUGUGGUUGGGAUGUUUUAUGGGGCAGCCACGUUCAUGUAUGUCCUGCCCAGUUCCUUCCACAAUCCCAAACAGGACAAUAUCAUCUCUAUUUUCUACACAAUUGUCACCCCAGCACUGAAUCCCCUCAUCUACAGCUUGAGGAAUAAGGAAGUCCUGAGGGCUUUAAGGAGGGUCUUGGAUAAACACAUGCUACCAGCAUACCCCUCCCUCUAGG